CCCUCUUCAAACGAUCUUGUGAAAUCUCACCUAGUCCUCCUAUUGCUUCCCAUGUUGCCCUUGAGCCCGCCCAUUUCAUCGGCAGAUGACGAGCGCUUCAUAUCGCCUUCUCUGAUAGAAAUCUCGAAGUCGAUCACAGUAAAGUUGCACAGUGACUCUGGGAGUGACGGGGAUUCUGACGAUAGCUCGGUAACAGAGUCUUUGAGAUGCGUAAAGCGCCGUUUCGAAAAUAUUCGGGCCGCCCUGCGUAAGAAAACCAUUUCUUUAAAUGACCGCGAUCAAUUCCAUCAAUUUGUGCGGGACAACGAGGAUAUCUUGGACGGCAUCGGCGAGAAUGGUACUUUGCUUCAUUAUUUAGUUGAAGAUGCCCGGGACAAACGCUUCACACGAUACGAACCGUUGGUUGUAUAUCUAGUGCGGCAUUAUCCUGUGCUCCUGACCAGAAAAGACGAUUGCGAACGAACCAUUCUGCCCUGGGCUAUCCAAAAGAGGCGCCACGACCUUGUCCAUUGUAUAUGUGACCAUCAUCCACAAAUUGGCGAAGUAAUUGCUAUUCAGGGCCUGAAAUCACAGAAUUGCCUGCAUGUGGCCAUACAAGAAGGGGUCAGGUCAGCUCUGAUCCUUGAACUGGUGAAAUUGGCCAGCUUGGAAACCUUUCUGGCUCUGGACAAUGAAGGCAACACGCCUCUCCAUCACGCGGUUGCAUACGAGCGGUGCACGGAGGCUGGACUGCGUGUUGUCCAAGCGCUGCUCAAUCGAUGCGAUAAGGCAGUAGAUGCCCAAAGCAGCACCGUGAGGCGAUUGUCUCCCUACCUUUACCAUCUGUUCACGCGGGCGGAAGCCGAAGCCAAGGAGUCUGCAAUGCAAAACAUAGAGCAGCACUUGUCUCUGGGGGUCAAAGAUGCCAACGUGCUCUUUUCAAGUCCCAUACAUACAGCCUUGACUGACCCUGGGCAAGAAAUAUCUCAGCAAUAUCAAUUGGGAAUGUCUCAACAGAAGACGUUGAAUGGCAUCAACCAGCCCGCUAAGAGCCAUCCAGGGUAUACAGGAGACCCAAGCUUCGCGAAGUCAUCAACAGCAGAGAGGACAUCUCUGGCUCUAGACGAUUCAGCCAACCCCCCAAAAGACGCAGACAAGAGGCACAAGGAGGCGUUUGGCGCGAGGCCAGAUGAGAGGUCGAUUGUGACUCAGCAAACAGCGGAUGCAAUUCGCGAUUAUCUGAAAGUCCAUUGUUUAAGGACGCGUGAUCAUGACCAGGCAAUUGAGCUUCUAUACGGACAGGACACACACAGGGAGCUAUACUUUGAUCUGUGUGGUUCAUCAUCACGGUAUAUCGAUGAGGAAUGGAUCAAUCGUGGGUUGGACUACCUAUGUUUUGAUAACAUGUUGCAAUAUGUCGCGCUUCCUCAACUUGAGUUGACCAAAAAACAGCAGGCUAGCAAUUCACGCUUCGCGCGAAGAAAGAAUAUGCUCCCUGAUGGCGAUGGUCGACGCGACAUGGUAUUCAUAUUUGACUUUCUGCGAAAAAAGGGAGUAUCACGAAUUCUUCGCGUCAUAGUCGACGACAUUCUGUACCCUGCUCAUAGCGACGAGGCGAUUGAACAGGCUAUAAGAGGCUUCGGGGUCGAGGUUUGGGAUUGGCGCAAGAUUGACAUCUCUCUGGACACGAUCAUGGACGUCGCAUUGGAUGUUAGGGAAUUGCAUCUGUACUCGAAUGGGAACAACGCGGUACUGCGUGGCUGGAGCGAUCACGGUGGUCUCGCACAGUUGAAAAACCUCCAGACUGUUUAUUUGCACAUGAGUCAGGGCCUUGAAACUGUCGAGCGAAGCAGGCGAAAUAUAAAUCAAUUUUGUAACAGGCUAGCCGCACUACGACCAGACAUACAGGUUCAGCUGGAAGAACGACUUCCAAAUCAGUAUACCGACCAGACAGGCAGCUUUGCGGAAGGAGCCGGAGAACGCGACGAGCAUCCUCAUCGGUGGAUCACUUGCAUGGACAAUUUUGCGGACUUCAUUCAGAAUAUCCGUACGCCGGUUGGUUCAAUGGAGGAUGUCAGAGUGGCGCUGAUCGAUGACGGGGUCGAUAUUGAGGAGAAAACGCUGCGUGGUAAAAUCGUCGGCGGUCGCAGCUUCUCUUCGAGAGACCAUGCCCAAAAUUUGCAACAACCCUUCUAUGUGUCAGGGAGUGGGCAUGGGACGGUCAUGGCGAGUCUCAUCUGCCGAGUGUGUCCCACUGCUAAGCUGUUCGUGGUAAAAGUGGCUGAGCAUGUCAGCGCGAGCUCAGGCCGCCAGAUCUCAGCUAACAGCGCGGCUAGAGCGGUUCGUGCAGCAAUUGAUCAGAAAGUUCAUGUCAUCACCAUGCCUUGGACAAUCCAACGCAACGAACAGAAUGCAGCCGACAUUCGUGAUUUGGAAGCCGCCAUCGGGGCGGCUGCCAAGGCGGGCAUCAUGAUGUUUAGUGCCGCCAGUGAUCAAGGUCCGGCCAUAGAUGUCACCUUCCCUGCUGCCUGUGUGACUACCAAGAAUAUCUUCAAGAUUGGCGCUGCAGAGGCUUCUGGCACGGUAUGGAAGUGGGUGGGAGACGCGGCGGCGGUUGACUUCAUCUUUCCGGGCCACGAAGUGAUCAAAGAGCGACCCAACGAUGCGCCGAUUGAUAAAUGUCAGACUUUGACAGGAUCAUGGGUGGCAACUGCAAUUGCAUCCGGAUUUGCAGCAAUGAUUCUGUAUUGCGUGCAGCUCAGCUUCGUGCAGACACGGGCUAUCAAUCAACCUGGCAAGGUUGAUCAUUUCGAGGGUCUUCAGCAUCAUGAGCGCAUGCGCGAGGCCUUCUUAGCGAUUGGUACAACUCAUAGUAGUGGCAAUAAGUAUAUCGAAGUGUGGAAUGUGUUUGAGAAGGCCGUGGAUAAGAGCCAGGGAAAGCCGCCAGACCAAUUCCCAGCUAUUGUCAAUGAGGUUGCCAACAAGCUGAAGGCCAGGAAGAUGCUGGAGUGAGAUAGGCUCUAGCACCAAGCAUUCGGAUUGAGGUGACACUUCAAGACUAGAAUUGAUUCCCGAUGAUAUGCUCGUAUUAUGGUGCUCGUAAGUUUAUCCAAGGGGUUUUGGAACAAUUGGUCGAGCUGGUGUUGUGAUUGAUGCUUGUAGGAGAGAAAUCAAUCCGGAAGAAAGGCGAAAGGUAACGCAUCAUGUGAUCAGGUCACAAAACAAACAAUGUCUUCAGUCUGGUCACAGCUUCCAUCUGAUAUCUUCUGGAUCUUAUGUUUGAUCUGUUGAAAUUAGACUGUUACUCAUUCUAGUCCAAAUCAUGC